CGGCAUUCGAGUUCUUCAGUCUGUGCGGAAAGGAUAUUUAGGUGUGCGAUACGUGCGGCGUAAGGUGGCAUUGAAAAGCGGUGAAAAAAAAGUAUCAGGACGAACUGCGUCUGAUGAAAUAAAAUCCGCUAUGCCGAGUCCCGAGCCUUCGGAAUCCCUGCUUGAAUCCCCAAAGUGAUAUUUUACUUAUUUAUAAAUAUUCAAGGUGCGAAGUUGAAUCGGCAGUUCGCGACGUGCUGUGAUCUCUAAAUUCGAAUCGAAACCGGUGUGCGAAUACGAAAGAAAAUUAUCAGAAACACGAGGCUGAAGAAUUUUUAUUUUUUUUUUUUCCAAAAAUUCUCUCGUUCUUCAAACCGGUAUCGCAUCGUUCCAUCGAGUGCCUGUAAGGAUCGAAAUCUUUUUCACUGUGACGUGCAAUUGUGGAAAUAAUAAUAAUAUCAGGUGACGAAGGAAUUUUUUCAUCAUUAAACGGAACGUUCAUCGUGAUUCGUUAGCGGUCUGCGGGUUUAGUCAGCGAUUUACAACUUUCAAGGUUCCGCGCAGAAAUCCGUUUGAAUUUUUCAAAGCUCUGCGAAGAAAGAGAGUCGAUAAGCGAGUUUUGGGUGUGAUAAAAUCCGCGUUAUCGCGGAAAUAAUUUGAGACGAGUCGUGGAUAAAGGCCUAAAAAACGGCGCACCAAUACGGAAUUUAUCAUCCAAACUCUUACACCUACAGCAACAACCCGCCGAGCGCUUGCAACAACAGCUGUUCGAUAAAGGACGGCUACCCUCCGAAUCCCCAUGAAGACUACAGACCCAUAUAUUUCUACGUAGCCCAGCCCUACACCAUACCGUACGCUUACGCCCGUAGGCCGCGUCCGUCUUCGAUCCAGAAACCGGGGAAAAUAAAAUCGUGUAAAUCGAAUAACAACAGGGUUAAAUUCAGUAAAAAACUAAACGCUGCUCAGUUCUCCCAGAAGGUCAGACAGGGCGAAUUCUCAAAGAGCUUGAACCAGGUUCAGUUCUCUGCAGAGGCUACACGGGGACAAGCAGUGGCCAGCUGCCCCGGGAACAGCCGUCCGAGGGCCCGCAAAAUGACGUCGAUGUUCCGGAGAGGGACGAUCUUCGCGACGUUUUUCCUCUCCCUCCUAGGAGGGGGGCUCGUCUGCGCCGCCCUGGUCACCCAGCACUGGGUCGAGGCGAGACCCUGGAGGACGCCAAAUCCCCAGGAAAGUUCGGGACGCAUUCACCUCGGACUUCUCCAGGGAAAGAAGGAACUCAACGUCGCCUACGGAUGGAGAACUUACCACUUUUCAGUCCCCCAGAUGAUUAGACAGGACCCAACCGUAAUGACGUGGGGAUUGUGGGCCGGAACUUUGGGCACAACUGCUUCCGCCCUCGUCGCAGCUGCUCUCGCAGCUUUGCUAGCUGUUUUAAACACGGCGACGACACCGAGGACUCAAAUUUUAUCGGUGCCCGGUGUUUACCUGAUGAACAUCCUGGCGCUUUUGCUAUGCUUGGCCAGCACGGGAACCUGGCUUGUUCAAUACUACACGAAACUCUACUUCAACGUCCUGCCGAAGGAAGAUAUCGACAAUAUGUGGACCAGCGAACGAUCGGCCGAGUUGGGCUAUUCUUUUUGGCUCGUCGUUGGUGCUGGAGUGGUGCAUUUAAUCAGCAUAGCGUUAGUAGGAUGGGGUUCGGGCAGAGAAAGAGACGAAAGAUCCGAGCCUGCGCCCGCACUCGAGGAAAAGACUGCCGCAGCCAUAAUGCUCUAUUAAUAAUAACUAUUAAUUCCCAAAUCGCGAGAAGAAGGGAAAUGAAAUGAAAUAUAAUAUUGGAACGAUCGACUGUCGGCGGUAUGAUAAAAAAAAAAACCGGCUAAAUACGACGAAAGAAGAUCUUUGCAUCAUGUACAGUCA